AGUCCUCCUCGUUUCGUAAAUAUUGUCCAUCGCCCGCUUCCGUACUGGACUACAAUUCCCCGCCUGGACUACAUUCCCCAUGAGUGACGCGCGAGGAGCGCCGUAAAACUCUCUUCAACACACAAACGAGACUAAUAAUCACAAACAACCGGUUUCAGAGGAAGAUGAGGGUGAAGGAGAUACUCAGGACAGCGACACAGGCAUGGAGUCCUGCGGCGAAGCACCCCACGUACCUGGCCUUAGGUACAGCAGCACAGCAGCUGGACGCAUCCUUCAACACCAGCGCCGCUCUGGAGAUCUUCGAGGUAGAUUUCGCUGAUACAUCUAUGGACAUGAAGCUCAGAGGAACUCUGCCCACCUCCAACAGGUUUCACAGUCUGAUCUGGGUGGCGUUCGAUCUGGAGGUGAAGGGUUCGUCUGGGCGUCUCAUCGGAGGCAGUGAGAGCGGAAGCGUCACCGUCUUCAGCCCUGAUGUUAUUCUCAGCGCAGGAGAGGACGCGGUGAUCGGACAGUCCCUCAAACACACGGGCCCCGUGCGAGCGCUCGACUACAACCGCUUCCAGAGCAACCUGAUCGCCUCCGGAGCCAGCGAUUCAGAAAUAUACAUCUGGGACCUGAACAACUUCAGUAACCCCAUGACCCCGGGCGCUAAGUCUCAGCCGGCGGAGGAUGUUAGCGUGGUGGCGUGGAACAGUCAGGUGCAGCACAUCCUUGCGUCCGCAAACCCCAGCGGGAAAGCCAUCGUCUGGGAUCUGAGGAAGAACGAGCCCAUCAUCAAAAUCAGUGACCACAGCAACCGGAUGCACUGCUCGGGGAUGUUGUGGCAUCCAGAUGUGGCCACUCAGCUGGUUCUGGCAUCGGAGGACGACAGACUUCCGGUCAUACAGAUGUGGGACCUUCGGUUCGCCACCUCUCCGCUCAAAGUCCUGGAGAGCCACACCAGAGGGAUUCUGUCCAUCUCGUGGAGUCAAGCCGAUCCAGAGCUGCUUCUGAGCAGCGGGAAAGACAACCGGAUCCUGUGCUGGAACCCAAACACCGGAGAGGUGAUUUACGAGCUGCCGACAGCCAAUCAGUGGUGUUUCGAUGUGCAGUGGUGUCCUCGUAACCCCGCCCUCCUUUCGGCCGCAUCGUUUGAUGGACGGAUCAGUGUGUACUCUGUGAUGGGAGGACGUCUUCAGCAGCAUCAGCACAGCACGGUGGACCAGAUCUCGGCUUCGUUUGACACCAGCGACCCGUUUGGAACCGGUCAGGCUCUUCCUCCUCUACAGGUUCCUCAGCCCACGGUGGAGACCACCAUCAUCCCUCCGCUGAGGAAGCCGCCCAAGUGGGUUCGGAGGCCUGUCGGCGCGUCCUUCGCUUUCGGAGGGAAGCUGGUGACGUUCGAGAACCCUAGUGUGGCUCCGCAGCAGCAGCAGCCAAUCAGGCGACAGGUGCAGGUGAGUCAGGUGACCACAGAGACGGAGUUCCUCCAUCGUUCGUCCGAGCUGCAGGCCGCUCUACAGUCUGGAUCCUUCACCAGCUACUGCCAGGACAAGAUCAGGAGCGCCCCGUCUGACGCCGAGCAGGACAUCUGGAGGUUCCUCAUGGUGAACUUUGAAGAGGAAGCGCGUGUGAAGUUUCUGCGGCUGCUGGGCUUCAGUAAAGACGAGCUGCAGAGGAAGAUCUCGGCGUGUUUGGGGAGGAAGCUUCAUCCGAACGGUUUAGACGUGAAUGAUCUGACGGAGAAGAUGCAGACGCUCUCUGAUCAGAGAGCAGAGGAGUCGGGCGGAGCUGCAGACGGUUCGUCGGGGCGUGAGUCUCCGGCUGAUUUCUUCAGUCAGCUACCAAAGAAAGAGAAAGACCGAGCUCCGUUCCAGAUCCCCGUGUCCUCAGAUACGGACGGUCUGAUCAGUCAGGCUCUGCUGGUGGGGAACUUCGAGGGCGCCGUGGAUCUGUGUUUGAACGACGGCCGUUUCGCCGAGGCCAUCCUCCUGUCAAUCAGCGGAGGGGAGGAGCUACUGAAGAAGACCCAGCAACACUACCUCCACCGACAGACCAACAGCGUCUCCAUGCUGAUCUCGUCCGUGGUCACUCAGAACUGGCGUGAUAUCGUCCAGAGCUGUGAGCUGGAUAACUGGAAGGAGGCGCUAGCGGCCCUGUUGACCUACGCUAACCCCGAGGAGUUCGCUUCUCUCUGCAAUACUCUGGGCUCUCGUCUGCAGGCUGAAGGCACAGAGAAGCGCUGUCUGCAGGCCUGUCUGUGCUUUAUCUGCUCGGGGAACAUCGAGCGUCUGGUGGAGUGCUGGACGUCACAGAGAGACUGUUCUUCUCCGCUGGCGCUGGAGGAUCUGGUGGAGAAGGUGAUGAUCCUGCGCAAGUCAAUCGAGCGUCUGCGUAACGGUGAGGUUUGUGUUCAGAGCUCAGCGCUGACUGAGAGGCUCGUCCAGUACUCCAGCAUCCUGGCAUCACAGGGCAGCCUGACCUCAGCACUCCGCUACCUGCCCGACAGCCCAGACCAGCCUGGUGUUCAGAUGUUAAGAGAUCGACUGUCCCAUGCGAAGGGUGAGAUCCUUCAGAGACCACAGCCGUCUGCACCAGCAGGAGGCGCUAAAGCACCGGCAAACACACACACUCCUGCAGCACACACACAGGGGCCUCCUCAGAUGCAGCAGAUGAUGCCCCGUCUCUUCACUCCUCAGCCACGACCCGAUCCUUCUACUCCUGCUGGAGCUCCACGUCCGAGCCUGAGACCCUCUGUCUACCCACAACACCCUGCCACAGCUCCGGGUUUUGCUCCGUCUCAGCCGUUUGCUCAGUCUGGUUCCCUCGGAGCUCCGGGGGGUUUCAUGUCUGGGCCCUCGAUGUCUGGGCCCUCGAUGUCAGGGCCCUCGAUGUCAGGGCCCUCGAUGUCAGGGCCCUCGAUGUCUGGCCCCUCGAUGUCUGGCCCCUCGAUGUCUGGGCCCUCAGGGCCGCCCUCCUCUCCCCCGGGCCCCAUGAUGCCCGCUCCACCCGGUCCAGGGUUCAUCUCGCCCACGUCUCUGCCAGGUGGCCCGGUGCCCUUUCCAGCGGCUCCUCCCAGCGGGGCCUAUCUUCCUCUCGGAGCCGGGUAUCCUCCGGGUGGCCCCGGAGCCCCAGGGGCCAAGAGCUUCAUCAGCGCCGGUGUCCCGCCUCCACCGACAGUUCAGGACGGGUGGAAUGACCCUCCAGCUGUACGCUCAGCACACCGCAAGAAAAAGCUGCCAGAGAACUACACUCCCCCUGCUCCGAUCACAGCACCGGUGAUGGGUUUCCCGGUGGAGGCUCCUGUUCCUCAGGAUCGGAUCCAGGUGCCGCCCGGAGCCCCUCAGGAGCCAAGCAAGCAGUCCUUACAGCAGCUUCCUGCCGAGCGUGUGGGGCAGAAGGAAAUCCCCGCCGAACAUAUGAUCCUCAAGACCACCUUCAGCAGCCUUGUGCAGCGCUGUCAGCUGGCCGCCGCUGACCCGCAAACAAAGCGCAAACUGGACGAUGCCUCCAAGCGUCUGGAGAGUCUGUACGACAAGCUGCGAGACCAAGCGCUGUCUCCCAGCAUCCUCGGCGGCCUGCACGAGAUCAGCCGCUGCGUCAGCGUCCGUAACUAUCAUCAGGGUCUGGAGGUUCACACGCAGGUGGUGAGCAGCAGCAACUUCAGCGAGAUCUCUGCCUUCAUGCCUGUCCUCAAGAUGCUCAUGACCAUCGCCAACAAGCUGGCCGUGUGACUCCAGCGCUCCACAGCAGAUCCGGGUUCCUCUUGUGUUUCGAUCUGUCGCUGAACUGUGCUUUAAGAAUGAAUGUACCGUUAAUAUCCCACUGCUUUCUUCUUCACGUGUUUGGGAUUCUCCUUUCAUUGCAGCCGGCCUUAUUCAUCCCACAACAAGCAGAACGACUUUCUGUGCAGAAUUGCUCAUAAAACCAUUAUUGUAUACAUUGCAAAGAAUUAAAUUCAGUGGAUUGUCUAAAACAGGCCUUAUGACAAGCAGAACUUUAAUUCAGUGUGCUGAUGCGGGAACUUUAUCAUGAAAUGCUAUCAGAACAACUUUGCAUAAUUUUUCGUAACCAUUGUUGCAUAAAUUGCGUUGAAUUGAAUGCAGUGGUUUACGUAAUAAUACGCUUUGAAACAAGCAGAACCAAUUUUAUUAAUGAUUGCAUUCAGUUCAAAGUAAGAUCAAUGAAUGCAACUGUUCGUCCAAGAAUAUGAGCGUGACAAAUUGAUGUAAAUUAUUUGUUAAACAAUUUUUUCAUAAAUUGCUGCCUUUAAUUAAGUGUGAGAAUCUACACAAGCAAAAUGACUGUGCGUAAUUGUUCAUAAAGGAAUAAUGCAUAAAUUGUUGCAUUGAAUGCAACAGUCUAAGCACAAUUUCUGCAUUCAGUUCAAUGUAAGAAUGCAAUGCAUAAUUAGUUGAAUGCAACGGAUUGAACCAAAAGUCAUUAAAACAAGAAACACCAAUGAGCAAAUCGUUUAUAAUAUAAUUCUUAUGUAAAUUGUUGACUUCAACUCAAUGUGAGAAUCUACAUGAGCAGAACGACUUCCUUUGCAUAAUUGAUUUAAAAAAAAAAAAUGAUUGCAUUUAACUGAAUGCCAUAUUUUGCCCAAAAUGGCCAUUAAAAUGAGCAGAACCAAUUCAUGUAAAUUAGCAGCUGAUUGAUCGCAAUUGGUUCGUUCUACACAAGCAGAACGGUUUUCUGUGCAUAGUUGCUCGUUGGGUUAAUUGCUUUGAAAUGUAUGCAUCAGUUUACCUGAAAACAAGCAGAAACAAUUUGUGUAAAUUGUUGCAUUCAGAUCAAUGUAAGAAUGUGAUUUAGUCGUGAAUUAUUUCCCCACAGAUUAGUUCUGAGUGCAUUUCAUGAAUUUGGUCCAGUUUUUUUUUUUUUUUUGGGGUUAUAUUAUAAGAGCAGAGAGUUUUGACACUGUCUGUAGUUUAUUGAUCGUGAUGAUUGGUUGGUUGGGUUUGGUUUGUGUGAAGGCUUGUUUUCAUAGAGAGGCACUGCUGUUUCUCCUCCAAACACUGCUGUAGAAAAACCAGAGCUUCAUUAGAUGUUCUUCAAACCAUUGCAACAAAGAUGAAUGGCACUGUGUGUGUGUGGAGAAGUCAAGAAAAUAUCCAGGUGUUAUUUCAUUCCAAAGUCAAUGAAUAAAAUCAACUAUAAAAUAAAAUUACAUUAACAUUAAUGGUCCUAAAAAAUUCUUAUUUAUUUCAAAUGUAAUUUUGAUUGAUUUUGAAAUGAAAUAUGACCUGGACAUGUCUUGACCGAGAUUCUUCAGUACUUUAACAGAGCAAAGAAACUGAAUACAACGUAACAGUUAACAUGAUAAAAUAGUUUCAUCUUUUAACAUGUUUAUGUUCUGGUAAUAAACAUGUCCUCAUCGCAGUCGUGCUGUUUUGUGUCUGUGUGCAUCGAAACCAGUUCAUUCUGAAGGUUGUGAGUGAAACUCUUACAUGCUUGAAAACACUUGAAGUAAAAUAUACAACUUUCAUAAAUGC